AUGCAUGCAAAAGUGGUUGCUGAGUUGAGUCAGGAUGUGCAUCAGAUAUCUGGUUUUAAUAGGGGUGAAUUUCCUUUUACCUAUUUGGGAUGUCCUAUCUUUCAUGCAAGGAGACAAAAGUUGUUUUAUAAGGAUAUGUUGAAGAAAGUAAGAGAUAAAUUACAAGCUUGGAAAGGAAAAUUACUGUCAUUUGGUGGAAAAGCAGAUUUGAUCACUAGUGUAUUGCAAAGUAUUCCUAUAUACUUGUUAUCCGCAAUGGUUCCACCUAAAUGUGUAAUCAAAGAGCUGCACAAGAGGAUGGCAGAAGUAAACACUGCUAAGAAUGGGAGAAGAUGUGAUUUCCAAAGAAUGAAGGUGGAGUUAGCUUUAGAUCAUUGUUUGACAUCUCCAAAGCUUUAUUUGCUAAACUCUGGUGGAGGUUUAGAACAAUUAGCUGAAUCUGUUGAUGAAGUUGAAGAAUUGAUGAUUGAAGGUCAAUGGAAUUAUACUAAGCUGCAGGAUUUAUUUCCAAAUGAUAUUGUUGAGCACAUCAGACAAGAGUUAGGUCAUAUUGUGAGGUUUGAUGGUAAAGACAAAUCCUGGUGGAUCGAAACAAGUUCUGGGAAAUUUACUGUUAAAAGUGCAUGGGAUCUUCUCAGACAAAGAGCAAUAAUUUCUCCUCAUUAUGAGAAACUCUGGAUAAAAAGAGUGUCCUACAAGAUUGAAAUCAUUAUACCAAGCAGCUCCAGCAUUGAUCAUGUGGCAGAUAUGGAAGAGCAGAAAUACACUGAGGCAUGGUGGAUCUAUCUCAUAUAA